AUGCAAAUGAAAAAUAAUUCUGAAUCUUAAUUAGAAAGUUUGCAAGGUGAUAUUUCCUUAUAUAGAGCUAAUGCUACUGAUACUAAUUCUAUGUAGGCUGAAUUCUUUGCAAUAAGCACCUAAUUAGAAGGCUAGAUUGCAGGACUAAGAAGAUAAUUAGCUGAUCUAGAACUUCUUAUGCUUAGUCUUAGAGUGAUAAUGAAAGAUUAAAAUAAUCCAAUUAAAAUAAAGAUGCAGAAUUCUAACAAUUAAGAUUAUAAUUAUCAUAAUUACAGACCAGUGCUCAGGAUACAAUUUAAUUGA